AGAGAGAGAGAGAAUCAGACACAGUGACUAACGGCGCUGACAGCGCGUGCGGCCUCCGGUGUGCCCGAUGCGCGCGCGCUCCCCGACUCUCCGCCGCUCCAUCCCGAAUCCUCGCGUGCGAUUCCGCCGAGCUCCGACACAGGCACCGAGGCGCGCGCGCGGGUUGUCUGAAUGACGGGCGGCCGGUUCGACUUCGACGAUGGCGGGACGUACUGCGGGGGCUGGGCGGACGGUAAAGCCCACGGGCACGGCGUCUGUACCGGCCCCAAGGGCCAGGGCGAGUACUCGGGCUCGUGGCGCAACGGCUUCGAGGCGGUCGGCGUGUACACGUGGCCCAGCGGCAACACGUACCAGGGCCACUGGGCGCAGGGCAAGCGGCACGGGCUCGGGGUGGAGGCCAAGGGCCGGUGGCUGUACCGGGGCGAGUGGAGUCACGGGCUGAAGGGGCGCUACGGAGUGCGGCAGAGUCUCAACACCUCCGCCAGGUACGAGGGCACGUGGAGUAACGGGCUGCAGGACGGCUACGGAGUCGAGACCUACGGGGACGGGGGUACAUUUCAGGGUCAGUGGAUGGGCGGGAUGCGUCACGGGUACGGUGUGAGACAGAGCGUCCCGUAUGGGAUGGCUGCGGUGAUCCGCUCGCCGCUGCGCACCUCCCUCGCCUCCCUGCGCAGCGAGCAGAGUAACGGCUCCGUCCUCAACGAGCGCUCGUCAGAAAGUCCGGCCGGGACACGUGGCGGCUUCGUCCUCAACGUCCACAGCGAUGGCGAGCUCAGCUCGGGCAGGAAGAAGGGGCUGUUCCGGCGCGGCUCGCUGUUUGGCAGCCUAAGGCAGCUGAGGAAGUCGGAUUCGCGUUCGUCCAUCUCUAGUAAGCGCAGCUCGGCGCGCAGCGACGCCGCCAUGAGCCGCAUCAGCUCCAGCGACGCAAACUCCACACUGAGCUUCGGAGAGGACGAGGACAACGCUCCGGCUGAGGACAACGUGGAUGCUACCACCACCGAGUCGUACACGGGAGAGUGGAAGAACGACAAGCGCAGCGGUUUCGGUAUCAGCGAGCGCUCCAACGGCAUGAAGUACGAGGGCGAGUGGGCCAACAACAAACGCCACGGCUACGGCUCCACCGUGUUCCCUGACGGCACUCGCGAGGAGGGCAAGUACAAGAACAACGUGCUCGUGAGGGGCAUCAAGAAGCAGCUCAUUCCGCUGAAGAAUGCCAAGACCAAACAGAAAGUGGAGCGUGCUGUUGAAGGGGCAAUCAGAGCGGCCGCCAUCGCCAGGACGAAAGUGGAGAUCGCCACCUCCAGAACGGCCCACGCCAGAGCCAAAGCGGAAGCUGCAGACCAGGCAGCGCUCGCAGCGUGCCAGGAUUCGGAGGUGGCUCGAGCCGUGGCCCGAGAGCUAUCGCCCACCUUCCGCCAGCCAGGCCCUGAUUACAUCAAGCAGAAGUUCUCCAGCGAACCGAUAGAGAUUAAAGAAGUCAUCGAAGAGAAAAAAGAGAAAACCCCCUCAGGAAGCCCACAUUUCUAUCGCAAGGGCACCACGCCCAACCAUACGCCCACCCAAAGCCCGGGUCCGACUCCUCCGCCCUCACCCACCCCCAUCAAGAAGAAAUCCUUCUUCAACCGAAGCGCACAAAAAUCUACCAAAGAGAGCGUAGUCGAGAGCCUAGCGGCCAGCGUCGUCCCCAAAACCACCCCCAGGGUGCCGGCCAAACAGGAAGUAAAGCAGGACGUGGUUUCUUCUUCUUCCCUCGCGUCCUAUAAACCCCUGGCGCCGGUCGCCAACUCCUCGAGUCCCGGAAACGGCGAGGUCCAUUCGCAGUACCACAGCUACUUCGUGAAGGCGGAAGUGUCCAUCCCACCCGACGAGUCGGAGGAGGAAGAGAAGCUAAAAAGUUCAUCUGCCCUCGUAAGGGCACCGGCACCGGCCAAGCAAUAUCUCACCCCUGCACCCUCCAUGCCCCCCGCCAAGCUUGCCACGACUAAAGACGUCAAGCCAGACCCUAAGCUGAGAAAACAGGAUAGUCUGAAGCCAAAGAGUCUCUCAGAAACCAAGAAAGCAAGCAUGGAGAUAACCACGGACGUGGUUGAGGAAGAAUCGGGUCCCAACUCAAUACUGGUGGCAUUAGUGAUGCUGAUAAACAUCGGAUUAGCCAUUAUUUUUGUCCACUUCUUGACUUGAUGCACCAUAAAACUCAGCGAGUUCUUCAGGACGUGCGGCGUAGGCCCCAUAAUUCUCUGCGGUUGUGUGGAUGGCCUUUAGAACACGCCGCUCAGACUCAGACACAGGCAAAGGACGAGUGGACGACUGGAAUUAAGAGCGAAAAUAACAGCGGAGUGAAAAAAAGCAGAGUCCCGUAGCCGAGCCCAACCAGGUCCCCCGCCACCCCGCCCCCAACCCUGCCUCCCCCCCCUCCCUCCCACAGCCCUGCCCCGCCCCGUCCUGACCGUGAUUUACGACUCGCUUGGGCUCUGUGAAAGCUGAAGCAAGCACAGUCGUUGGUAAAGGGGGUGGGGGUGGGGAUAAAAAUAAAAAAAUGUGCUGAGCCAAGCCGUACCCAGUGUGAAGUGCAUGGACGGCCUGUUGGAGAGUGUGUGUGAGUGUGUGUGUGUGUGUGUGUGUGUAUGGGGAGAAAUGUAUGAGGGGAAAACUGGAUACGUUUGGCAAUGUAAUUUUAGUUGACGGAAGCGAACAGCUGCCUUACAAUUUUACCCUCUGACGUUGCCAAUGGGUGGAGGGGGGGGGCUUAGGGGCAAGUGUGUGUGCACAGUGGGAGGUGAGUGUGUGUGUGUGUGUGUGUAUGUGUGUCUUCAUUCUGAUCUAAACACCGUGCCCAUUUAAAAAAAAGAGGCACUCACCAGUCUUAUUGCAUUACCCGUCUCUGAAGCCUUGUCUAACACCACCUGCUCGUGUUUUUAGGAGAAUGCCACGCCCGGGUGUGGUACAAAUUUAACAACUAUGUCUUGAGCUUGUUUCUUUUUUUGUGUGUGUAUUUCUUUUUUUUUUUAAUAUAAAAAAAAUUACCAAAAAUAUACAGUAUAUAUCGUGUACAUUUUAUCCCCUUGCUAUGUGUGCGAAUCGGUUAACGGCUAACGCGAAGCUCAAUCGAAUAACAAGCAAUAUCACGGCUGUGGCGCGAUUAGUCGACGAUUCGAGGUGAUUUCAUUCGAUUUUUUUUGUUGUUUUUUUAUUGGUUCACGUGGAAAUGAUCAUGUGGAAGUGCGCAGCUCCGUUUGUAAGAUGAGAGCAGUAUCGUUCUGAUACGCGGGUGUUGUAAAUUAGCUACAGGAUAUUAUGCAUGGUGUUUGUUGGAUUUAUUUAUGUAUUUAUUUAGUUUAUUAUUUAUUUUUUUGGUUAAUAACUGGUUAUUGCACUGGAGUUUUGCACAUGUAGUGGUCGGAGACCGUUCUUCCCCUCAUCACCCCCGUUAGCCCUAAACCGCGGUGUGGAGCAGAUUCAGGAUGAGCACGCGAAUGUAGUCAGAUGCCUUAAAGGACUUUUUAAAAAUAGUGUUCGAGUUUACCUCGGGGAAAAAAAAUACAUAAGUCGUGAUUUUGGAAUUUUGUCUUAAUGAAUUUAUUGAAAUCUGUAAUAAACCUGUAGUAUAUUUAUUUACGUGGUGGUGCAUGAAGCUGUGGUUUUACUUUACAGUAAACUGUACAUGGCACUUUUGUGCUUGUAUUUGAAUAAAAAUAAAAAUAUAAAUAUAUAUAUUUUAUAUACAUAAUAUGAAUAUAUUUAGUCAGUUGUUCUAAAUUAUAUUGUUAAAUUCAGGACAUUUUUUUGCUGACUUUCUCGUGUGCAUGGUCUAAUUUGAAGGUAGAUCAA